CCGAACGGCUGAUUCCAAAGCGUCCCUGUUUUUAGGUUAGAACAUUAUGUUGGUUAGGCAAGGGUAGCGUAGCGUCACGAUUGAAAUGUCAAAGUGGUGAAAGCUGAGUAUUUUGUCGUCUUAAUUUCUUAUUGAAAAUGUCUAAAAUAACUGGAUACGACACGCACGACGAUGGCCCAGGUUUUGUGGGCAUUAGAUUUUGCCAAGAAUGUAAUAACAUGUUGUAUCCUAAGGAGGACAAAGAGAACAAAGUGUUGAUGUACGCGUGCAGAAAUUGCGACUUCAAGCAGCUAGCCGACAGCAACUGCAUUUACGUGAAUAAAAUUAUGCACGAAAUUGACGAACUGACCCACAUCGUCGCCGACGUUAUAUCAGAUCCGACACUGCCAAGAACCGAGGAGCACCCCUGUCCAAAAUGCAAUCACCGAGAAUCUGUAUUCUUCCAAGCACAAACCAGACGAGCUGAGGAGGAAAUGAGACUUUAUUACGUCUGUACAAAUCAGCACUGUUCACACAGAUGGACAGAAUAAAUUUUAACACAUUCUGUAUGCAAACAAAAUUUAGAUUUUAAUGUACAUAUACUUCUGGUCCUGUUAUAGUUCUCUAGAUGACAUCUCAUUUAAAUUAGUCUUAACUUAAGGUGAGAUAAUUAAGGUAUAUGAGUAAGUUAAUGAGAAAAGCUUCACCUUUUAUUGCAAGACAUUGAAUAAACUAUAUUUGCA